AUGGGCAAGCCUCUCAUGCGCAUACCCUACACCGAGCUCUUUGCGCCGCCGACCCUGAUCCCCCGCAACGCAAACACCCUCCCCGGCGCCGUCGCCGCCCUCACGCGCUUCCUGACGGCGCCGGUCGCCGAUGGACGGUCGCCGACGACCGUCAUCCUGUCGGGCGCCGGCCUCUCCGUGUCGAGCGGCCUCGCCGACUAUCGCGGCGCCAAAGGCACGUACCGCGUCAACAAGACGUACCGGCCCAUCUACUACCACGAGUUUCUCGCGAGCCAUGAGGCCCGCAAGCGCUACUGGGCCCGCAGCUUCCUCGGCUGGCCCUCGCUGCAGCGGGCCCGCCCCAACGCCGGCCACCGCGCCAUCGCGGAACCUCGGCGGCACCACGGACAGCAGCAGCAGCAGCAGCAGCAGCAGCAGCACCGGCUCGGCCUCGGCCUCGUCAGCGCGUCAUCACCAGAACGUCGAUAG